CAUGCUAGUGCGAUCUCUCGAUCUGUUCUCCGCCCAUCUCGCUCUCUAAGACUUGCUCAUUCUUUCAUCCUCUCUGCCUUGCAACCGUCACCAUUCUCUCAACUCCGGAUCCCGUCUAAACCUGCGUCUCUGCAUAUCAUUGUCGACAUUCUAUUCUGCGACUCUUCCUGUUGUCGAUCUCAAGGAUCUCCCGGUCUUGUUGUCCUCUCCUCCUCAUAUUCUCUCAUCUACAAUCCUCCAGGCAACUUGUUGGGUCCGAGUGGUGCGGCAAGAGAAGGUCUAUUGACGGCGCUCGGGAUUCCAUAUCCGCUGCACGUACACACCAUCAUCGACAUCAACACAUCAGCACUGGAGAAGAAGACGUGGACUGUCCGCCUUCAGCAUUCACGCAAACAACUCCUUCUGACCCAGAGGCACUUCUGGUGUUGUUCAUUGGUGCGACUGUUCAAACGUCACGAGUCCUGCGUAACCUGGUGACGGAAGACAUUAAAAUCUGCACGGAAACCUACAUUGGCAAUACAGGAGUUCUCUUCCGCUGAUCCGCCCAUAUGGUUGAUUAGGCCUGCUCUUGAACAUACUGACGACACUUGUCGAAGAGGGAACAACCGACACUGACAAGUUGACCCAAUGGCGACUUUGGACUUGGGCCCUAGGCAAAGGGACACGUUGCCCCCCAUCAGUCAUCUAGACCUGGAUGUCAUCAAAAGUGAUGGCAAUGGUCAUUCUCGGUUCGGUAUGCUGAAUGGACUCAGUAUCUCGACUGCCCCCGUGAGCAGCCCAACCACUACAAUGUAUACCGGACCUCCUCCCCCGUAUUCUUGUGCUCCCUCGACAGCAGGAUCUGCGUCAGGAUUGUCGGGCUACAUCUCUCCUCCGGAGUCCACGACUCGACGCUCUACGCGGGAUGAGAGGGAAUCUCCAGGCCUGCGCAAAUCACUCCCGUCUAUACACGAAGCGCUCGGGGACAGAUCAAUGUCACUACCUGGUCCUCUGUCCGCCACCUCGCAACAACAGCCACUUUCGACUCCUACCGCAACCGUAGGCCAAAGUUUCCCUGACGGCCCAAAGGGGCCUGCCAAUCCGUUUUCACAGCCGCCAGGUCCAGCACCUGUUCUCAGAGAUGUCUUCUCAGGCUCUCAAAAGAGCGCCCCUGUUGACAAGCCUCCCAUAGCUUCUUCUACUGAUCCACGUCAACCGGUGUCCCAGCAUUUUGGCUACCCUGGGUCUCCACCGUCUCAGCCACCACCACCUGCGUUCCGUUCUUCAUCACUAGCCAACACAUCAUUUAGCAACCACAACGAUCAUCUACCAGCCACCUCGCCUCGAUCAUACGAUGCUCCAAAACCACCGUACUCAUUGCCUCAAUUUGGUCCUUCACCUUCUUCGAAUGGACCACUACCUCACGAAGCCGGACAAAUUGGCGCCAAAUCUGCCCCAUUUCCCAGAGCCGAAGAUGUUCAAUUCAGUGACAAUGUAAAGCGACACUUAGAUGUAUUUGAUGCCGAACUUGGAUUCAAUGAAAUUAGUGAAGCCUCGGCCGGGACGCUUGAUUUCGCCAGAGUCUGGGCUCCGCGCUUCCACCACGGGUCCCGUUCAGGCUAUUUUCAUGAAGCGCUUCCAAGUUUGAACGAGAUGGACGAAGCCCUUCGACAGUCCCAUCGAAUUUUUGAGAAUUUGACUCAUCUGCGUGAGUUGGUCUUUGCACAACAGACUGCACUAUCAGAACAUCGGGCCCGGCAAGCUGAAGAGUACCGUGGCUUGCCUGAGGGAUAUCGACAUCCACAUGUAGCAGACAGAGCAGAGAGAGAUGCCAAAAGACAUCGACGUGGACAAAAGGCUGCUCCACCAGGACGCUGCCAUAGUUGCAAUCGUGCCGAAACGCCAGAGUGGCGAAGAGGUCCCGAUGGAGCGCGUACACUUUGCAACGCCUGUGGUCUACACUACGCCAAACUCACACGAAAAAUGGGUGUCAACAAGGCAGCGGCUUUGACUGGCUCGAGCUUACGACCAAAACAUUUAGACCAAACGCGACCUUGAUUCAGGUCAUUCAUUUGCAACGACGAAUAUAUUUGACGGUACAGACGUGAUCUCUUUAAGGAGACGACGAUGAUGAUUACACAGCUACGAGAUGCUCCUCGAGCCACCACUUUAUUUCCUUUUCUGAUUUUGGCGUCCCGGGGAGGCAAACUCAUUUCGAAAUGUGCACUAUAAGCAGUGAUGCGACGGUUGGGACUGUGAUUGUACAGAAGGGGCUCUUGCAAGAAAGCCCCAAAAGCGAUGGGUUUAGGAACGGCGUAUAUUUGCACAGUGUAAUGCCUUGUUAGAGGUAUUCGGGAGCACGAGCGAUGAUUUUACGCCGCCUGAAGAUGGAUUGUUUCUGAUACCCCAAACCGCUGCCUUAUUAGAGGCUACUUUUGGAGCAUUCUGGUUCCAUCAUAUAUCUCUUUGGUAUUAUUGUUAUUAUCUAGUGUUGGACGGGGGAAGGAGGAGGGCGUGAACAUGACCGUCGGUCGGCGGGGACGCGGCGGGUACGAUUUGAGUCAAACGAGGAUCUAUGUCUGGGGUUGCUUUUUUGUGAUGGCUGUCAGACCUGGUGACGGCGACACCAAAGUUGCACCUAUUCCCACAGCCCACACUUGUCGAUUCCCAUCAACAACGCGUUAUAGCGUGGUGGUGAAAAGCACAGGGAUAUCUCGCAUACAAAAAGUCACAGCAGGCGAGGCCAUGAUCUUCCAUGGUCUCUCGCCCACAGGCAACGAAGAAAUCGAAUCUUUCUCAGAAUCUAUCAUCA